AUGGGCACUGGCCGCGGCGGAUCUGUCCGAGGUGCUGCACGAGCUGCGGAUCCUCAGCCCCGGGGCCGCCUCCUCUUUAUAAGCCGCUAUGGUCCCGAGCACACGCCGAGCUCCCCGCCCCUCCCCUCCGGCUGCAGCGGCACACGCCUGGCCCCGCCCCCCUCACGCCUCGCUGCCUCUCAAUGCCAGGACACACGUGCCAGGAGGGGGGAGGAGGGGGCAGAGGUGUGGGGAGCAAGAACCGCAUGUGUGUGUGCACACCGCCUCACCAGGAGAAGGAAGUUCCAUUGGAAUUGGCGCCUGUUGAGAUCCUGCCCUUGUGCAUCUCUUGCCUAUGCAUUAUACCAAGACAGCCCUAUUGAUAACAACAGGAUUCUUUCAGAUACCAGUUCCCCUCUGGCAUUGUUCUACCUCCGCCGGGUCACUGGAUAUAUAGGAAGGAGCCUUAUCUUCUCUGAUCAUAUAUGUUACUCAUCUAUUCAUACAAGUUGUAGAAGAGAAGAGGUCAAUUGCCACGAAGUCAUCAAACCUAAUAAGUCCACAUUGUAUGCAGCGGAUUAUUUAGGCUUCUGUGAGUUCCUGUAUAGACGGGGGAGAUCUUUGUGGGGCUCCUGUCCCUAUUGUUCAGUCUCUGAGGCAGAUGAUGCAGUGUGGAGAGGUAUGGUCUUGUACAGUAGCUGGAGGGCUGAGCAGCUGACAGCAAACACAAGAGCAGCAGCAGAGACUCUGCAGGGCAGGUGCAGCGCACCGAAAGAUUAUAUACGUCUCUUUAUAGUGACUAGACCUAUGCCAAACGGCAAAGCUUCUGAAGUAGUCCUAUCCUCAUCAGUCACCUGCCUCUCUACAGCUUCGGCCUCUCAGCUCUCACUUCAGUUCAGGUCUAAGUUCUAGGACUUUGUUCUACUUAUUAGAAUAAGACAUAUAUUCAUACAAUAGCUU